AUGGCCGCUGAGAAGAACCUCCAGGAGCCAGUGACCUUUGAAGAGGUUUCUGUGAGUCUGACUGAGGAGAAGGAGUUUGCCUUGGACCCCUACCUCUUUGCCCUCAAUGGGAAUAACAUCCAGCAGUACUGCACCAUGCUCUCCUGGCUAGCCCCAGCCAACAUGGAAUGCUGGGAGCUGUAUUCCCCCAACUUCUGGAAGGCCAAAGCUCCCCCACCUCUGGCCUUUCCAGCCCAGUCCCUGUUGCCCACGGUGGCCAGCCAGGAGUUCCUUGGAAAGCCCACAACAGAACUGCAGAAUCCCAAGCCUGAAAUGUUCCUGGAGACAGAGCAAGGCCCCGCGAUGCCUCUCUCGCUGGUCCAGGUUGCUGAAGAAUUUGAGGUUUUGCCAAGCUCAUAUCCAGGGGAUGGGGCAGUGCCAACAGAACAGUCUGAGCCCCUGUGGCCAGGAAGCACUACGCCACUGGUGCGCCUGCAGUAUAAUUUUGUGCGAGAAUCGGAAGGAGGCAUCCUCCGGGGAAAGCCCUCUGACGACCUGAUUGAUCUGCAGACAAGGAGCUGGGAGGCCACAGGGGGAAACCUCAGCAUGUCCCCUGGUCAUCCAGACAUGUUUAGAGAGUCAGAAGCAUCUGUGCCCCAGGAGAAAGGCUCUCAGCAGCCGACAGCAACGUGCUUUGCUGCAGUGGAACAAAACCAAGGGACCGUUCCCUGGGGAUAUGAGCAGAGCAGUACCCAGGAUGACAUCAAAUGCAACGCACUUCCUGGGAACAAUGCAAGAAGGGAAGGGUGUUGCUGUGAUCGCGGUACGAGGGAAGCUCUGCAAACAGGUGUGAGCCAUCGGCCGAGCAGCAACAUGGGGGACGGUUUCCAUGAGCCUCUGUCUUUUCGGGUUCAUAAGGGAGUGCUCACUAAAAAGGCACCCAAGUUGUGCCCCAACUGUGGAAGGAAACUUAGUCUGGGCCUAAACCCCGCCGCGCAUCCAUUGGCCCCAUCCAAAGAGAAGUCCUUCCAAUGUCCUGAUUGUGGCCACCAGCUUAGGUUUUGCACAGGUGUCCCCAAGCACCAGGCCGACCCUGCGGAUGACUGGGAGGGACUGUUCAGCCAGCUUAGCCUCGGCCCCCUUCCCAAUCAGAUGGGGGCUGGGGUGGAGAAGCCCUUUAAGUGCCCCGACUGCAGGAAAGGCUUCAGCCACCGAUCAAGCAUCCGCAGGCAUCAACGGCUCCACAAGAAAGAAAAUACCUCUCCAGAUUUUGGGCAGGAGAGAAACUCUGGCCUGGGCCCGAAACUGCUUAUGCAUCCAAAGUCAAAACCCGUUCAGCACCCCAGUGACAGGAUGGGCUCGAUCCCCAGCAGCCCCCCAAAGCCAAGCUGCCUCCAUAACCCGCGUUUUCCAGCUCUGAGCGGUGACAGUGGGCAAGGUGGAUCCGUGGCUUCCGAGGCGCCCAGCGACCGGGCCUCUGCUGAGAAGCCCUUCCUCUGCCCUGACUGUGGGAAAACUUUCUCUGUGAAGUCAACAGUGCUGAGGCACCAGAUGCUGCACUGGGCACAGCGGCCCUUCAAGUGCUCUUACUGUGACAAGAGCUACAUCCAGAAGAGCCACCUGAAGAGGCACGAGCAGAUGAAGCACGGAUGUCCUCGCCUGGAGGGUGUGGGUGCCCUGACCCAGCCCCAGGGUGCCAGCGCUAGUCCUAAAGUGGUCCAGUGCUACUUUACAGAGAAGACUUCUGCACCGGAAGGGCUGUCAGAGGAGCUGGAUGUGGUGGUCCUUUCUGAAUGGUGGCUGCUCCGCAAGACCGUCUCCGCAGGCACGCCCCAACGAGGGCAGGAGGCUGGACUGAGCCACCUCUGGCAAUGA